CCCCACCGCGCCCCCAGCCCCUGGCCCUACUGCCCCCCCGGCCUUCGCUUCGCUCUUUCCCCCGGGACUGCACGCCAUCUACGGAGAGUGCCGCCGCCUUUACCCUGACCAACCAAACCCGCUCCAGGUUACCGCUAUCGUCAAGUACUGGUUGGGCGGCCCAGAUCCCUUGGACUAUGUUAGCAUGUACAGAAAUGUGGGGAGCCCUUCUGCCAACAUCCCCGAGCACUGGCACUACGUCAGCUUCGGCCUGAGCGAUCUCUAUGGUGACAGCAGAGUCCACGAGUUUACAGGCACAGAUGGACCUAGUGGUUUUGGCUUUGAGUUGACAUUUCGUCUGAAAAGAGAAACAGGGGAGUCUGCCCCACCAACGUGGCCAGCAGAGCUCAUGCAAGGCCUGGCCCGAUACGUGUUCCAGUCAGAGAACACCUUCUGCAGUGGGGACCACGUGUCCUGGCACAGCCCUUUGGAUAACAGUGAGUCAAGAAUCCAGCACAUGCUGCUGACUGAGGACCCGCAGAUGCAACCUGUGCAGACACCCUUUGGGGUGGUUACCUUCCUCCAGAUUGUGGGCGUCUGCACCGAGGAGCUGCACUCAGCCCAGCAGUGGAACGGGCAGGGCAUCCUGGAGCUGCUGCGGACGGUGCCCGUCGCCGGCGGCCCCUGGCUGAUAACUGACAUGCGGAGGGGAGAGACCAUAUUUGAGAUCGACCCACAUCUGCAACAGGAGCGAGUUGACAAAGGCAUAGAGACAGACGGCUCCAACCUGAGCGGUGUCAGUGCCAAAUGUGCCUGGGACGACCUGAGCCGCCCCCCCGAGGAUGACGAGGACAGCCGGAGCAUCUGCAUCGGCACACAGCCUCGGCGGCUCUCUGGCAAAGACACAGAACAGAUCCGGGAGACCCUGAGGAGAGGACUUGAGAUCAACAGCAAACCUGUCCUACCGCCAAUCAACCCUCAGCGGCAGAACGGCCUCACCCAUGACCGGGCCCCAAGCCGCAAAGACAGCCUGGAAAGUGACAGCUCCACGGCCGCUAUCCCCCACGAGCUGAUCCGCACGCGGCAGCUGGAGAGUGUACAUCUCAAGUUCAACCAGGAGUCGGGGGCCCUCAUUCCUCUCUGCCUACGGGGCAGGCUCCUGCAUGGACGGCACUUUACGUAUAAAAGUAUCACAGGUGACAUGGCCAUCACGUUCGUCUCCACGGGAGUGGAAGGUGCCUUUGCCACUGAGGAGCAUCCUUAUGCAGCUCAUGGACCCUGGUUACAAAUUCUGUUGACUGAAGAGUUUGUAGAAAAAAUGUUGGAAGACUUAGAAGAUCUGACUUCGCCAGAGGAGUUCAAACUUCCCAAAGAGUACAGCUGGCCCGACAAGAAGCUGAAAGUCUCCAUCCUGCCCGACGUGGUGUUUGACAGUCCGCUGCACUAGCCUGGGCUGGGCCCCGCAGGGGCCAGUGGAGCCAGCCACUCCCCAGUGACUUCCGGCGUAACAGCUGCGUCAUGGAGAGUCCCACAAUAAAAGGACAAGUGUGAGGAUGACUGCGCAGUCGCCGCACCCGGCCCAGUGGGAUGCCAUGCACGAGCCACAGGCUCCCCCCACCUCACCUCCAGCUCGGGGCCUCACACCCCCGCCAGCCAAGCCCGAGUGUCCCACUGGGCCAGAUGCAAACCCUCUCUGCAGCCACGCAGGUUAUGUUUGAGAUUUGACUCUGGAUCCUUGAUGUGCCCCUGGGUGGAAACAGGCUCGUUCUCACCCGGCCACGCCUGGUCCCCGCAGGAGGGAGGUGCAGAGCAGGUGCAGAGUGCGUGGGUGCGGCCCGCUCAGCUCCGGGAAGCCUUGCUAGCCCUGCUCCUCUGGCGGUGGAAUAGCCCCUCCCAUCAUGUUUGGUUUUCUUCUUCCUUAUUUUAUUUUGUAGAAACCGGAUAGUAUUUUAUUGCUCUGCAAAAAUGUCCAGAAGCCAUGUAUAUAAUAUUUUUUAAACAGAACUUUAUUUCCAGAUGAACUUUCUCAUUCUUCAGACGGGCCUGGAGCUAUGUCUUGCCCCUGUCCUGCCGCCAGAGAAGGUGCCCAGUGUUUGCCUGCCAGGCCAGAGCCCUGAGGACCCAGCCUCACAGCGGCUUCUCUUCCCCGCUGGGCCUGGCAGAGCCCGGGACGGGGAGAGCAGAAACACUGCCCUGUGCAGCCGUGAACCCAGCAAGCAGAGCCAGGAAGGGGUGCUGCUCUUUCCCAGGUGAAUGGGGCCCUGCAAGGUUCAGGGACCUUCAGGGUCCCUUAAAGACUUGGUGACCCCAGUCAACCUCGCCUUCCAGGCCUUUUCCAGCCAACCAGGCCUGCCUGGAACGGGCGAGGCCCAUCACCUCACAGACCAUCCCCUCCUGCAUCUUAGGACCUGUGUCUCCAGUGCUUUGAGCAAUUCCGUCCUGUUUGCUCACCCCUGCGCCCCUGGCCCCAGGCUGCAGGACCGGCUUAUUAAAAACUGAAAAUCAACCUCUCAAUAUCGCUUUCACUUUGGUUUUGCCAUUGCAGCUCCCUGCUGCCCUCCCAUCCUCCUCGCAUCCAUUCAUUUCUCCUCUUUCAUUCCCAUUUCUUGUCCUGUUCCCCCCAACACACACCCUGGCCCUCAUGGUCCUCAGCCCUUCGCCCCCCCAUACUGCAGAGCUCGCAGUCUGCCUUCCAGAAGCCAAACUAUCCCUGGUCCACGGUGUCAGGGUUCCCCUUGAGUUCUCUCUCUUCCCUGACCUGGGUCAGCCAGGCCCUUUCCUGCCUGCUCACCUCCCAGGAGCUGCUACUUCACAGUUACCCUUCAGACUGCUCCCAAGCCAAGUCAUUUUGCCCGCCAGGGACCAUGCAAGGCUACUCACUGCCCCCAUCUGCCCUCACCCCACACUCAGGCACCAGUAUGGGAGGCCCGUUGGAUGCAGGAAUCCCUGAUGGGAGAUCUAGCUGAGGAGCUGCCUCCAGGGGUCAUGAAGGUGCUGGCUGGGUUCUCCAAAAAGCAGGAGUGGGACUUCUGAGGGGCCACUGGCCUGCGCCUUCCCCUGCCACCCCCUAGAUGUCCAGGUGACUGCACCGAGCUCAGGACUUCAAGGCAGAUCACCUGGAGCACUGGGAGAGUGCCUCCAGCCCCAGCCAAGAUACAAGCUCUCUGGACCUGCUGUUGGCAGCCGCUGUGCCUUCCACUGCCCAAGGACUUUUCCAGAAGAGCGCUCACCUGCCUUCGCCUGCCAUGGCAACCCUGCCUUUGGAGCGCUUGCCUCUGACAUCCCACGAGCAGAGAGGGGCUGCGCCACCCGUUUGCUCAAUUCCUUAUACUGGCUGGCCUUUCCCCACAUUGUCUGUCCCAGGGGGCCUGCCUGGGGGCUCCCUGCUGCAGCCCGCCCUCACCAUCUGCCUGGCUGAGAGGUGUGGGGAGAGCUGUUUUCUGAGCUAACCUUCAUCAUCAGUACUGGAGGCCUGGGGUCAACUCGCCCCAGGCCUGCAGAGCUUUGCCACCUGGUGGUCCUCAUGGUGGCCGUUGUGGGAGGACAGAGAAGGCGGGAGGAAGCAAGUGAGUUCAGAGAUGAUGAGUCGAGGAAACCCAGGGCCCCUUUCUGCCCCACCAUGUCGGAAACCCCAGGAAUAUCCAAGAUGCUGAUGCUGUCUGGGCCAGCCCCCCCACCAGCCCCGUGUCAUUACCCACAGCAGCACACUGGCCCUGGGGGGUGACGGGGCGGCAGCUCCGACCAGGCCUCCUUUCCUUCGGGCAGGGGUACCGCUCAGAGGUCUCCGGGAGGGGCUGUCCACUGGCCAUGGGGACCCAGCGAGGCUGACCUCGUGCAGUGUCUAGCACUGUGUCGGGUGUGUGGCGGCUAGAUGUCACUCUGCACAGCUCUGGGGACCCCUGAGCUCAGAGUGGGCUGAGGAGGGGAGGAGUCUCCCCACCACGUCUGCCUGUUCUGGGGGCUUCUUCGAGCUUGCCCGUUCUGUUCCAUUCCUCUGGGUCCCUGCUCUAGAGCUGAGGAGAAGGGGCUCCCCUCUCGCAUGUGCUUGCUAUCCAAGGUGGGCUCCGGCGGCUCCCCAGGUCCGGCGCGGACUGCAAGAGGACCUGAACCCAGCGGCCAUUGGAGGGGCGGGGGCUCAUGCCAGGUCUGAGGUCUGGCCAAGGCGCUGGUGCCGCUUCCUGACAGUCUCUUCCUCUUCCCAGGGAAGGGGUGGGGAAAACCUGGGAAAGGGGGCAGGGUGCAGUCUAAAAGGGCUAGAGCAUUUACAGAAAUCAGACAAGGUCUUGGGACUGGGUUUUGAGACUGAGCUGAGCAGGGAGGGAACCUGAAGGUUGGUGCCCCUAUGGGGCAAACCAGUACAGACUUUUUCUCGAUGGUGUUUUUUUUAAAUCUGGUCUUCCCUCUCUGGCUGCCAGGACCUCCUGCCAGGUGAGGUGCCUGGGUCCCUGUUACAAGUCAGGAGCCCUGUAGAGACCUCUCCUUUUGUACAAGUACCUGAAUGCUGCAACGAGCAGGUUUUUGUAAAAUUUUAUAUUAGUUUUUAAUGUCAGUGGUGACAGUUCCUGGGGCUGCAGCCAGCCUGGGACUUUUGUAAGAAUUUUUGGGUGACUCACUUAGAUGUUGUUUCCUUCUUGCCCCCUCUUCCUCUGUGUAAUCUAAGUGCAUUAAAUGUAUUUGCAGAAGUA